UGUCACUUACAACAUUAUCAAUCCAUUUGAAGCGCUCGUUUGACUAACUCUGUUGCAUCUUCUUGUGAUCACAUGAAAAGUUCAAAAAAACAUGUUAGGACUAGCCAAAGAGGUGAAGCCCUUCCUCAAAGCCAAACCGAAAGUCAAACAUCCCCGUGCAGAUAAUGUCGUAUUUGGACUCCAUUACAAGGUUACUUUCUCCAUCCUCUUGAUAUUUUCGGCAUUGGUAUCCUCUUACAACUACUUUGAUUCGUCCGGUUCAGCCAUUCAGUGCUACUUUGACAAAAAUGUCCAAGUCCCUGGCGUCGUUAUCAACCGAUAUUGUUGGAUGAUGAGCACUUUUACACUCCCGAAGUACUUCGAGGGUGAACGUGGAGAGGACUUUGUUCAUCCUGGAGUAGGCUUCCACACUGAAGAGGAUGAGAAAGUGUAUCACGCAUAUUACCAAUGGGUUCCGCUCUUUCUGAGCUUUCAGGCAAUCUUCUUUUAUGCUCCUCAUUGGAUUUGGAAGCAAAUGGAAGGAGGUCGAUUUCAAAACCUGGUGUGCAGCAUCCUUAAUGAGCAAGAAGAGGUCGUCAAAUACUUAGUAAAGCGCUUGCGCAAAUUAAAACCAAAGAGCUUUGUGUCCAAAAGCCAUCAAGAACACAGGAGUUGGGCACUCAAGUUUGCAUUUUGCGAGUGUUUGAAUUUGGCCAACGUGAUUUUUCAAAUGGUUCUGACCAAUAAAUUUUUGGGUGGCGAGUUCUGGCACUACGGGAUAGAGGUUUGGACUUUUCUGAGUAUGGAGCCUGAACAACGUGUGGAUCCAAUGUCAAGGAUAUUCCCUCGCAUGACAAAGUGUAUCUUUCAUAAGUAUGGUGGAUCUGGAACGAUUCAGAGGUUUGACGCUCUUUGCGUCUUAGGGAUGAAUAUCAUCAAUGAGAAGAUUUUCAUUUUCUUGUGGUACUGGUAUAUGGUGCUGCUUGUGGUCACUGCAGUUGCCCUGUUGGUGCGAUUUUGCCAGUUUUGUUAUCCUGAUUCGCGAGAAAGGGUCUUCAAUUUGUACCUUACAUUCGGGUUGUCAAAGGAAGAAGCAGCUACUUUCGGGCACCAAGUGAAAGUAAUUACCAUGAAACUUGACUAUUCGGACUGGUUGAUUCUUUACUACUUGUCCCAAGCCAUGACUCGAGACAAUUUCCUGGUGUUUUUAAGCAGACUUGCCAAAGAAACGGAAGACUCCUCGGUAAUUUCCGAAAAGCCUGAGCCACACCCAACCGUUGAAGAAAAUGCUGAGCAGAAUGAAAACAAAGAUGGAACCCUACCUGCAAAUUAUUCGUUAAUGGAACAAAAAGAUGAGAAAAGCGUUCAAGAGACAAAAUUAUGAUAAACUUGCUCAUUAACUUAUUAGGUUUCCAUAACAUUGCUAUUGUAAUCCCCUAGCCUUGUGAUCUCGCCAAACAUAGUGUUGAAUGAUGAUGUUAGGUACAGAAUAGAAACUUUGUUUCUUAA